AUGUUGUACACAGCCCAGUUUAUGAUCCUGUGUCUCUGGCUGCUGCCUGCAAUAAAAGUUGGACAUGGAAACGGUCCAGCUGUGGUCACAGUGGUCGUGGAAGAAGGCAGUGAUGUUAUUCUACCCUGUUCUCUCAGCUCCAAGGAGAACAUCGUAGAUAAACUGUUUGAGUGGAGGAAAGAUGGUCAGAAGAAUGUGUUCUAUUAUGAUGCCGGAGAUCAUUACAAUAAGGGCUUUACAGGUCAAGAUCAGCAGUUCAAAGGUCGAGUUUCAUAUUUUUCUGAUCAACUGAAGAACGGUAACGCCUCCAUAAAGAUCAGAGAUACAAAGAUAUCUGACAGUGGAACCUACACCUGUGAUAUUCCAAAUCUUCAACCAAGACAAACCUUCUACAUUCAGGUUGUUGGAGCAUCUCCAGAGCCGUACAUCAGGACACUUACUGCCACAGAGGACGGAGCUCUGCUGCAGUGUGAAGUUCGAGCUGCUUCUCCACAACCUAAAGUAGAGUGGAAGGACAGUGCUGGAAACAUCCUUCCUGCUGAGGAGCCACAGGUCUCAGAC